CCUCUCUCUCUCUCUCUCUCUCUCUCUCUCUCUCUCUCUCUCUCUCUCAUGCAUUAACAAAUUCACCAACACACCUCCUUUUCAAGAACCUCUCUCUUGACCCAUUUAUAAAUACCAACUCAUCAUCAACUCAGCUCCACAUCAUACCAUCGUCAUUGUCUUUCAUGCCUCUUCCUCCUCUCCUUCUUGAGUCAUGGUGGUUCUAGCUCAAGGGGCGAUAGACCACUUUACCCUCAUCAAGACGUGCAAGCCGAGCGGCACCGUCUUUGAUGGGACCCCGGUCAUUGACCUGUCAAGGCCCGACGCCGGCGCGGCCAUGGUCCGGGCGUGCGAGGAGUUCGGGUUCUUCAAGGUGGUGAACCACGGGGUCUCGCCGGAGGUCAUGAGCAGGCUGGAGGACGAGGCGGUGAGAUUCUUCGGCUUGCCGCAGUCCGAUAAGGACAAGGCCGGUCCUCCCGACCCUUUUGGCUACGGGAACAAGCGGAUUGGCCCGAACGGCGACAUUGGCUGGAUCGAAUACCUCCUCCUGCACGCCAAUUCUAGUGAGCAUGAUAAGAAACUGUCUCUCCCCUUUUCUCAGGGAAACCAGCAAUUUUUCCGAUGUGCGGCGGAGGAUUUCGUGAGAGCAGUGAAGGAAGUGGCGUUCCGAGUGUUGGAAUUGAUGGCCGACGGGCUUGGGAUCGAGCCGAGGGACGUGUUGAGCGGCAUGUUGAGGAGUGAGGCGAGCGACUCGUUCUUCCGGCUGAACCACUACCCGCCGUGCCCGGAGCUGCAGGCGUUUAGCCCGAGCGGUCGCAACUUGGUCGGGUUCGGGGAACACACCGACCCGCAAAUAAUUUCUAUCCUGAGGUCCAACAACACGUCGGGCCUCCAGAUAUGCCUCCGGGAUGGGGCUUGGGUGUCUGUCCCGCCGGAUCACUCCUCCUUUUUCGUCAAUGUUGGUGAUUCUUUGCAGGUAUUGACCAAUGGAAGGUUCAAAAGUGUGAAGCACAGGGUGCUGGCUGAUCAUGGGAAAUCAAGGUUCUCAAUGAUAUACUUUGGAGGGCCAGCUUUGGAUGAGAAGAUAGCACCUUUGCCCUCCCUGCUGGCAGAGGGGGAGAGCAGCUUGUACAAGGAGUUCACAUGGUCUGAAUACAAGAGAUCUGCUUACAAGACUAGGCUGGCUGAUUACAGGCUUGGGCUCUUUGAAAAACCAAGGGUCCAGUGAUUACUUUUCUUGUUCAAGAUUCAAGAAAAAGCAAAAAGUUUACCCCCAUUGGAGCAAAAUCAUUUACUAGGGUUUUUCUUCUCUUUGAAGUUAUUCCGCUGGCCAUAGGAUUGAAAGCCAAGCAGGGGUUUGAUUGUUUCUUUCUUGUUUGGUUUCUUCUUUGCCAACCAUUUUCUCAUUAAUUAGGGUUUUGCUCAUCUCCUUUUCCCCAAAUAAGGAUAUGAGGAUAUAGUGUAAUUUCCAUCACCUGAACUGAAUUGCUCCUCCUUUUACACACCCUCUCAUUGUGGACCUAGCAUAUGCAGGAACUCAGAUUCUUUAAAUGAUGAGGGUAAAUGACCAAGGAAGAUGUGCUCUCUGGUA